CACAUUACGGGUAAAUCCAGGAACAUGAAAACAAUCCAGAAAGUGAAUUUCUUUAAGGCAGUGCAGUGAUAUAUUUGACAGUAAUCACUGAAGAAUGAACAAAAAAGACUAUGACACUAAAUAAAAAAUUUUGAGAUCUACUAACUACAAACUUUUACAUUUUUAACUGAAAAUGGCUUCAGAAGAAUCAAGUGGAAACAAUUCUUUAAAGCCUUCACCAAGUGAUAAUGUGAUUGAAUUGCAAGGGAAAAAACUUCUUAAAAAAUCAACUAGUGCGCCGAUGGUGCUGAUUCCAUCAGUUGUCAUGGAGACAAUAACAGAUGAAGAAAGCGAUUCUGAAGAUGGAAUUUCUAUCUCUGUUCCUUCUGAAUCUGAGUUAUCCACAACCAGUGUGAGUAGGGAAGAUGGACGAGACGAUACCAGUCAAGAAUCAUCAACUUCUAGUGAACAGACUGAUCUAACACACGAAUGGGACACAAUCAUGAAUCUCUGGAAGGGAAUUGAAAAAGAUGUUGAGAAGCACAACAAAAAGCAUCCAACAAGACCAUGUCGUUCCACAUCGACUACUACAUCCCCGGCACUUCCUCCUCCUCCUCCUGAGGUGGAAAGGAGUAUCUCCAUGCCGACCGCUACCAGUGGGCUAGAUCAACUGCAGAGGCUGGUGAUUAUAAUGGAACAGCUGUCCGAUUUAAAACAAGAGAACUACGAGUUAAAAAAGCACUCUGACUAUCUGGAGGGUAUGAAGGACUUGCAAGAGAUGCGAAACCAGUGCUUAGCUAUGCAUUGUCAGUGUGAUGCAGCACAGAGAUUUCUUUUUCCACCUUCUAUUGAUUUUGUUUUCGGUGAUGAUGAUGAUGAUGAAGAUGUUGCUGAUGAACUUGAUGAUGGUUCAGAAUCAAAAAAUAUAUCAGACAUGUUAAAUACUGCAGAUCUUGAUGCAAAUCGCAAACGUAGUCGCUCACUCGAUGUUAACGAAAAUGCUGCUGAUGUUUUCGCUAAAGAGUUUCGAAGAGUAAAGAGUUUAUCACGCUGGGAGAAAGUUAAAGAAAAGUUCAGUUAUAGCAAAAAUGGUAGUGUAAAGAGGAAAAAGCGGUUAUCAUCAAGAAGGAGUGAACCCAAUAUGUGCGUAUUUAAUGAACCUGAGGUGAUACCCAUGCCAAAGAUGCAAACAGAGGGUGGCGACAUAAACGAAACAAAAUCAAUUGACAGUGGAGCAUGUUUUGAUCCUGAAGAUCAGUGUCCAAAAAGAAAACGUGUUGCUCUCGCUUCACAUCAUGUUGACAUUUCUGAAAGUGAUAAGACUUUCUUGGAAAUAAAAAGUGCAAAAUGGUUGGAAGUUGAUGAUUUUCCACUUGAUAGAGACUGUGAUUCGCCUUCCAGUUGUUCGUCUGUGGAACUUGAUGUGAAAUCUGAUGAUGAGAUCAAAGAAGCAUUGAAGAAAGACUUUUCACAGCUAAAUUCAAAUGCUAAUGCAGCCAAUAAUGGUGAUUUGACAUUGAACCGCUCAACUAGUUUACCAGAAGGUGAUAGUGUUGAAAGGAGCCCUGCACUUGCUCGGUCACAUGAAAGUGAGAAGGAAAAAGGAAAAACUCUCACUUUGGGUAAAAUGAAGGAUAUUAUACUGCGAAAAGAAAGUGGCAAACGGAAAAGUGGCAAAAAGACACAUGGGGAGCAAGAACACAGCAGUAAGGAAAAGAUAGAAAAAACAGUAGAUGUUUCCAUGACAACUGCAACUGCAUCUUCAGAAGCAAUGAAUGAUGAAGAUGGAGAAAUUUCAUUUAUAUCACCAAAGCUGGACAGAAAGGGACAACUGAAAGAAACAUCACCAAGUUUCAACAAAAAGUUGAAAGGUUGGGAUAAAGUGAAGCAGGCGUUAGUUCGUAAAGAUCUAACGAUGAGCGGGAAAUCCAGAACUCAUGCUCUUGAUGAUAGUAUACUCUUGGCGCUGAAGGACGAGAAUCUUGAUGUGUCCACACUCCUUGGUGGUGUCUCGGAGGAAUGGACUAGAAAAAUGCAAGAAUGGGAGACAAAGAAAAAGAACAAGGCUAGCGGGAUGACUGGAAGUCCUGGAACCAAACGUAGAGUGAUAAGAGCUCGAAGCUCUUCUCCCACAUCACUGUCAACCGCGAUGACGGGAUGGCUCAUGCCAUCUGCAACCAUCGAUGUAGAUGCCGUACAAGCCAAUCUUAGUGACCAGUUCAGAAAGAAGCUAACAGAGUGGGAGAAAAAGAAAAACCGACUCAGUGUGCCCAUCACUCCAGCACCACUCGAUAGGCUGAGGACUUUUUCCAGUAGCGACUGCGCAUCAGCGGAUAUGUCUGACGUUGUGGACGAACUGCAAAAAAAUAUGACUGAUAAGUUCUCCAAAAAAUGGGAAGAAUGGGAAAAGAAAAAACAGAAGGGAACAGUGAUUCCAAAGUUGGAAAGAAAACUAACGACGAAGACGAAGAAAGAUAAAACUAAAGUGGAAUCAAAAGAAAAGCCAAAGGAAGGAAAGGAAAGUAGUGAAAUAAAAGCAGAACCGAUAUACAGUACAGAAACGGUGACAGUGUUUAAAACUAAGGAUGGAAAUCUUGUGUACGAAGGGGUUAGUCAAGAAUUUGAACGUAAACUGAAAGCAUGGGAGAAGAUGAAGUCUGUCUCGAUAACAAGCAGUGAGGAGUUGGAUCGAACAGAACACUGGGUUGCGGCAUCUAACAGCUGUUCCCCUCAACAACCAAGAUUAUCAACAGAUAAAAUUUCACCAUCAUUCCGUUCCCGUACUGAAUCAGAUGACUCCGAUAACACUCAGGGCAGUAGUGUGUUCGCUUUCACUCACUUAACACCUGUGAUAAUUGAACCCGCUUCAAGUUCUAGUUCUGUGACUCCGGACACCCAAGAAUAUGACUACCAUUGUUCUGCAGAUAGGAUAGAGGAUGAGUUCAUGAUGUCAAAUUUGCCUUCCCAUUCAACGCCUCUCCCGUUAAGUGAAAGUGACAACAGCUUCAGUCUGUCAGAUUCACCCUCCAAGUCUCUUCAGGAUUCAGGUGUCCAGACAGUAAUGCAUUAUGGCAGUCCAAAGAAGUAUCAAGACCAGUCUGUUGUUGUGGACAUUCUGUCCGAAGAACAGUUCAACAAAUUGAGUGUGAGAAACGCGAUGUUGUCCCGUGAAAUUGCUGAGAAGAAUUCAGAUCUACAGAAACUGCAAACUGAAUUUGCUAGAUGUCAACAAGAGCUGGAAUGUAUGGUUUCUACACACAAAAAACAACUUGAUAACUACAGGAAGGUUGCCAUGACAACUGGACAGUUUUCAGAGGUGAAACCAAAUGAUAGUGAAUUGAAGCAGUCUCUCCAAGAUUUACAAACUCAAAUGAACGAUUUAAAAGCAUAUGGAUCAAGAGUAAGGCAGGAGAAAUCAAGUUUGGAGAAAACUAUGAUUGACAAGCAUCUUAAAUAUGAUGUACUGGUGUCAAGACUACAAUCUGAAAUCUUAAAUUUACGACAGUCAAAUUUGAAUCUUGCGUCAUCGGGGUCACAGCAAGAUAUACCAACCAAAGAAAGUGCUACUUCACUGCCGAACACACAGGAUAUUAUAUCACAACUGCAACAAAAGUUACAGAAUGUACAGUCAGCUUUGUUGAAGAAAGACCAGUUUAUCUCUAAUGUGGAGUGGAAUUUACUGGAUAAAGAAGCUAACAUAGCUUUAUUAAAUUCACAUAUUGAGAGACAGGCACUUGAAUUAAAUUUUAUUCGUAAAUUGAAACAGCAUGGGGCUCUCAGAAGAGUGCAGAGCUUUGGAGGAAGGGACAAAGCUUUUCACCCAUCUUCAGUGAUGUCAAGUCUGUGGCAACGAUAUCAUCUAAUUUAUCUAGUUUCACCACAUAUGGUCUGCAUAUGGCUUUGUCCAAUCCCUGGAGCGCACAGAGAUUUGAUGGAGAGUCUCAUUGAAUACGGCAUCUAUGAGAGAUAUCUCUACCAGUGUGGCGGCAUCAGAGCCACUCUGUACUGCAGUCCCAAUGUAGCGACUCUGAUGGCAGCUGAGCCUCAACUUCUGGAUCCCCAUGACAUUCUGAAGGGUGGUGACUGCUUUGUAGACCAGUUCCUUAUUUUCCUAAAGUCCAACGAUAAGAAUUGCACCAUGGACAGAGCGAGGAAGACUGGUGGUGAAAUGGUAAUGAAAACGACACCAAAGUACGAGAUAAUGGAUAUAAUGCGAAGGAGUCAUCGGUGGGUGCAGCAGUAUAUUGAGAUGGGUUUCUUACAAGUGGGGGAAAGUGUCAUGUAUGGCAGAGGAAGUACGGAUGUCUACUAUUUGAACGGAGUCAUUAUGAAAUCUCCUGGUAAUCCCUUUGAUUCAGAGCUGUUGAAGGGGCGACAAAAUUACAGUCCAGUAAUAAAAUACGGACUCGCACCUAAACAAAGAUAUGACAUUUAUUUGGACACGUUGCUGGCAAGUUUACAUCCACUACCAGAAAACGACGAUGCAGAUAUUGAUGGUACAAUUAUAUCACGUAAAUUUGAAGAUGUCAAUGAUGCGAGCAGAUUAUUUAACGGAGUUAUAAAAUCUCCCGGUAAUCCGUUUGAUUGCGAGCUAAUGAAGGUAGAACAAAAUCCCAGUCCAGUAAUAAAACACGGACUCACGCCUAAACAAAGAUAUGACUUUUAUUUGAACACAUUAUUUGCAAGUUAUCAUCCACUACUAGAAAGUGACGAUGCAGAUAUUGAUGGAGGUCAAUGUGGCGAAAAGGGUUUGUUGAGUGGUGUUAUGAAAUCCCCCGGUAAUCCCUUUGAUUCGGAGAUAUUGAAGGGAGAACAACGACCCAUACCAGUAAAAACGACGGAAUCAUACCCAAACAAAGAUACGAUAUAUAUUUGGACACAUUAA